UGGGUUCCACUUCAUUUGAAGACCAACUGGAGGCCAGAGGUUUUCUCUGGCUGCAGAGCAGAAAUCAUGAAGCAUAUAUUAUAUUUGCUGUUAUUACUAUUCACUGCUGAAAUAAGAGGAUUUGAUCUGUUCAUAGAGGAGUUCAUUGAUUCUGCAGACCUUGGUGAUCUCAUUCCUGAAUUUGAAGGGAACCAUGGCGAAAGAUUUAAGAGGUUUGCAGAUACCAGCGCAGAGGUGCCCUCCCAGGAUUCAAUCUCUCUGUACAGUUACAAGGUGGAAUCCUCCAUCACGUCACGUUUCGUCAAUACCAUGAUCCAAAGCAAAGUGGAGAACAAUGCUAAAUACCCGCAGAGUCUCUCAUUUGAUAUCCAGAUACCCAAAGGAGCUUUCAUCAAUAACUUCACUAUGAAUGUCAAUGGCAUCACAUUUAGCGGCUCAAUAAGAGAAAAGUCAGAGGCUAGAAGCUUGUACUCCAAAGCAAGAGCAAGAGGCAAAUCAGCCGGACUGCUAAGAACUAAUUCCUUAGACAUGGAAAACUUCAGAGCUGAUUUAAAUGUUCCCGGAGGAACUAAAGUUCAGUUUGAACUUCAUUACCAGGAAGUCCUUCAGAGGAGACUAGGUGUCUAUGAACAUGCUCUCUAUCUCCAGCCAGGUCGCUUGGCUAAACAUUUUGAGGUGGACAUCUAUGUGUUGGAGCCUGAAGGAAUCAGUACUCUCAAUGUAGUUAACCCAGUUGCAAAACAAUUUGCUGACCUCAUCAAUGUUAACCAGGGAGACCAAAAGGCUCAUAUAUCUUUCAGGCCAACUGUGGAUCAGCAGCGUGAGUGUCCUACCUGUGUUACAACCGCGGUGAAUGGAAGACUGAGUGUGAAAUAUGACGUCAAGAGGGAGAAGUCCAGUCAGUUCCAGGUGUUCAAUGGAUACUUUCUCCAUUUCUUUGCUCCAGAAAAUCAGCCUCCACUUCCGAAAAAUAUUUUAUUUGUUAUUGAUGUCAGCGGUUCCAUGUGGGGGAUUAAAAUGAAACAGACUAUUGAAGCUAUGAAGGCUAUCUUGGAUGACCUUCGUCCUGACGAUCAGUUUGGCAUUGUUGACUUCAACCAUAACAUUCGUUGCUGGAAAGACGAUCUUGUUUAUGCAUCAUCUAUUGAAAAAGAAAGUGCCAAGACAUAUGUACAAAAUAUACAGCCCAUUGGAGGUACGAACAUCAAUGAAGCACUUCUGAGGGCAAUCUUUAUACUGAAAGAAGCCAGCGACCAAAAAAUGUUGGAUCCAAACUCCGUUUCAUUGAUUGUGCUAGUCUCAGACGGAGACCCCACUGUGGGCGAAUUGAAACUGUCAAAAAUUCUUAAGAACGUUAAGGCAAAUAACCGUGAUGAGUUUUCCGUUCAUUCCCUUGGCAUUGGAUUUGAUGUGGACUAUGAUUUCCUAGAAAGACUGGCCCAGGAGAACCAUGGGUUGGCUCAAAGGAUUUUUGGGAACAAGGAUACAGCUGUCCAAAUCAAGCAAUUUUAUAAAACAGUCUCCACGCCUCUUCUCAAAGACAUUGUGUUUGAAUACCCGCUAAAUGGACUCUCUGAUGUGACAAAUAACCGUUUCCACCACUAUUUUGGAGGUGAUGAAAUUGUUGUGGCUGGUAAAAUUGAUCCUGAUAAGAAAACACCAAUAGAAAGCUUCAUCACUGCAACAUCUGCUGAAAGCGUUAACUUCUUAAUAGAAACAAUUGCAGAAAUUGAAGCUUUGAAUGAAUUCUUUGCCCAGAGUAAACAUGCAUUCCCUGAUUUUGCCAAACAGUACUGGGCUCAGCUGACCAUUAACCAGCUACUAGCUGAGAGGAACUUGGCUACCACAGCUGAAAGCAAACGCAACCUAACAAAGAGAAUUAUGCAGCUGUCCAUCACCCACCACUUUGUCACCCCUUUUACAUCCUUGUUGAUAGAAAGUGAAGAUGGAAAGGAGAAAAUGUUGGCAGACGCCCCAAAUACACUCAAAGGAGCUUGCUGUCCAACAUUGGCUGUGUCUAUGAAGGCUACUCCUCCACCUCCUCCAUCUCACCCACCAACAUUGGCUUUUAGGCUCCCAUAUCCUUCAGAUGCUACUCCUACUAGUCCAGAGCAAAAAGGAGGUCCAACUGAAUCAAUAACUAUUGCUCAAAAGUUAUUCCAAGGCUGCAAAAAUGGCCAAAACGGAUCUCCAAACUGUGUUGACAACGAUCCACAUUUCAUUAUAAACUUGCCAAAAAGCCAAACAGAUGUCUGCUUUAACAUUGAUGGACAGGCUGGAAGUAUCCUGAACAUGUUGUCAGAUCCUGAAUUAGGAAUUACAAUUAAUGGGAAAAUUGUAACAGCGAAGAUAGCCAAGGAUGGCAAGCUAAGCAGCUACUUUGGUACAUUUGGCUUAUAUUUCCAGCAGCUGGAUACAAAGAUUGAAAUAAGCACCGAGAAAAUAACAUUGAAAGAUCCGUCCUAUACUAGAGUGAUGAAGUGGUCCGAGUCCAGCGCUCUGACAUAUAAUAGGCUAGCAGUAUCAGUGAAGAAGGAAAGCAAUGUCACCAUCACUGUGGAUAAUGACUUGUCAUUCCUAAUCGUUCUGCAUCGUGUCUGGAAGAAGCAUCCGAUCAACGUAGACUUCCUUGGUUUAUAUUUUCCUUCGAGUGACACAUUCUCAGAGAAAGCACACGGUCUGAUAGGCCAGUUUAUGAAGGAACCUGAAGUCAGUGUCUAUGAUCUACGAUCUGGAACUGAUCCUGAGAAACCAGUUGCGACCAUGAAUGUUAAAGGAAAGCAGCUGACUGUAACAAGAGGUGUGCAGAAGGAAUACCAGUACAACCGGAUUGAAGGAACCAAAGUCACCUGCUGGUUUGUACACAACAGUGGAAAGGGUUUCAUCGAUGGACACCAUAAAGACUACGAAGUACCUCAGCUGUACAGCUUCUUAAAACUCCUUUGAAGAAUGUUACAGAUAAUGUGAAAUAAAUUGUGCAGAUAAGAAAUACAUGCUGAAUAUAUAAACUAUUAAAAGCAUUCUGGUUUAUUUGUGUUGAGAAAAAACAGAAUUAAGAUUUCUAAACUGAAAUGACAAAAUAUGACACUUAUCUGUGAUGUAAAAUAUAGGGUGACGCUUCCAUCAGGCAUCUGGUGUUCUGUUCACAUGUUUUCUCCUGUGACUAUCUGCUGAAGCUCAAUAUAUUAUUGCUCAGGUUUCCACAGAUGAUCCAUAGGAUGCUAUACAAGUGUGUAAUUUGUCACAUGAAAUCGAUUUAACCCCCCGAAGUAGCAAAAUAUUAUUGUUAUUGAUAUUUUUGGAACUCUUACAUGUCACAGUAUGGGUUUUGUGCUGCUUUAAUAUAUAAAUUUCUGUAAUCGUUUAAAA